AUGUAUGAAGGUAAAAACAUUCAUUACACCUCGGGAGCUGAUCACAAACCUCUAUGUUCAUUCAGUGCCAAAAUAUGUAAUCAGCACCGCCUCAAUGGGUAUGGCUUCUGUGUGCGCCACAUUUUGGAGGAUCCCACGGCACCAUUCAGGCGGUGUGCAUAUGUGGCCAAGUCCAGCAAACAAAUGUGUACUCAGGCAAUCCCACUUCAUGAAAAACGAGAAUACUGUAACAACCACAUGCAAGUUUUGGGAAUGCUUCCAAAGAAGGAGAAAAAACCGAAGCCUCCCAAAACAACAGUGCAGCACCUUCCUACAGUCCCUAGAGAUAAGCUACCAUUCAAAGACAGGGUCUCUAGAUUCAACUCAAGCAAACUGAAUUCUUCUCUGCCUGGAAAUGAUCUCAGAAGGUUGAGUAAUGUUCUAAAGAGUGAUGUAUUUAAUGCACAGACUGAGGAUGUAGAUGAUCCUUAUGCUUUUACUGAUCCCGGUGGUGAAGAGAAGACAAUUACCACGGUCAAUACACUUCUUCCUUCGUCCAGCCCCUACCAUGAGCCCCCGCUGUCAGUGGGGUCCCAGGGCUCACAUGGUUCCAAGUCCCCAGGAGAUGGUGGUAUGGGGGUAUCCUCCAUUGCCAAGCUCUACCCAGAGCUUGCAGAAAAAUUGGAGAAAAUUAAACCAAAGUUUGACACAGGAAGCAAGGCCAAGGAGAAGGGAAAGGCCAAAAGUUCUCGUACAAUGAAUAGAUUACAAACCAAAAUUGCUCAGAACAGAAUCAAAGAUAAAUUAAAACGAAACCAAGAAUCAAAUUCUCAGUCGCAAUCUCCAUGCUACAAUUUUAAUAGUUCAUCCGCAUCAAGUGCUGUUAACCAUUAUGAUUUCAUUGAUAGAACGGUGCCAAGUAAUUCCAAUGAAACUUCACCUCGUCAGCAAACACAAGGAAUUUUAAAUUCAAGUAGUCAUAAAAGAAACUCUGUAAACUCACUACCCGUGUAUUUAAUGCCCCAUGGAGUGAACAGUGUCACAGAAACAGCACAAAAUUUUAGUCUCCCUGGACAAGGAUUCCUUCCUCAUGGAAUUCCCCAUGGAAUGCCUCUUGAAUUGUUGCCGGGAAUGCCUAACUCAGUGCCAAAACUACCACAAAACUUUAUCAGCUCUGAGAUGGUCAUGGGUCUAAGUAGUUUUCCAAUUCCACAGGAACCAAUACAGAAUCAUCUAGGGUCAACAUCGCUACCUCUCAGUUCAACUGUUGCUCAUCUGUCCAGUCAAAAUUCUGUGAAAGAUAAUAUAUCAACAUUGGCAGGGGAAGCUCUAAAGCAGAAAAAUAUUCAGGAAAAGGAGAAAUAUAGUACCUUGAUACCAAGUAAACAACAACCCCCACCUGUUCCCCCACCCCCGUCUUACUCCCAGUCCAUAGCUUCUGGGUACUCCCCCUCCAUCAAGACCACAGCAGAAAUUAAAACUGACACCCAGCCCGUACUUGGUGUUACCCACAAAGACAUCCCCCCACCCCCUCCAUAUGAAAGUAAGCCAGUAAAAACUAACAAAUCUAAGACUUCUACACAUGCUCUCUUUGGAUCCAAUGUAAUAAAUGAUCUCCCAUCAUCAGCCAUAACAAGACCUCAUAAAUUCAAGAUGGAAUGUGACGACGCUGUGUUAAAGAAAAAAUUCAAGAAAGAUGAAGUUGUGAACUUCUACAAAGAUAUUGUGAAACAGAAGAAAGAAAAGCAUGACCUUGUUGGUGCAGGUUUUGAUUCCUUGGAUGAAACCAGUGACUCUGAGAGUGAAGAAAUAUUGUCAUGGCAACCAGACUGGUUUUCCCCUUCCUCAGAUGAAGAAAUGCCCGAGGAUGAGGAAGAGGCUGCAGACAUUCUGAGAACGACCAAACUUGCCCUGCUGAGAGCUCGGUAUAGGAGGAGGUGCUUUCAGUACAGGAAGUCACACAAGACCAACCAUGCUCAUCAAAAGUCGAAAAAUAGUACAACACUCGCCCUUAUAAAAGCCUCAAGGGAAGGGCCCAAGGAAAUGGUAGCUGUUGUUAAAGAAAUGAUGCAUCAACAGGAUAAAAUUAUUGACAGGUUUAAGAAGCGGGGCUUAGAAAGAAGACAAUGUAGUUACAAGCCUGAGGAUGAAGAGCAGUGUAAAAACCCUGUCCUUCCUUACACCAACCACUGUCUGUCUCAUAUUAUGUAUAACGUGGACCAGCAAUUGUUUGACUACUGCACGGCUAAGUUCGCUGACAACACCCAGUGUUGUACACCAGUGUUUGAUAUACGCCAUGAACUUCCUUUGUGUAUGGAACAUGCCAUGAAAGCUGAUAAUUAUUUCAAGGACCAGGACUCUGAGUCUAAACAGAAGCGCAUCAGGAAGAAGACCAAGCCUUCAGCCCUAACCAGACCACCAAGGAAAGGGAAGAAGAAGAAGAACGCUCGUAAACCACCCAGGCCUCAGAAACCCUCCCCUCCAAGUGAACCCACAGGAAUUACUGGUAUGCCAGUAGCAGUUCCACCCAAAGUUCCCACAGAGCCCCCUCCAGUUCCACCUAGCAGCGGUGAAACCAAACAGUUCACCACACCACAGCCAGAGGAGUCUAUAAAUAACACUGUGUCCCCCGUGACUGUUCCAGCCAAACCCCAGAACAGCCCCCCAGUAGCUGCAAUGGGAGGAAUACAAGUAAAGACUAGACAGGAGAAGAACUCCCUGACAGAGCUGUCCGAGAACAUGCUGGGUGGGGUGGACAACUUCAAUACAGAAUUGCCAUUGGAACAAGCCUCUAAACUUCUUGAAGAGCCAGACUUCCAGGAUGUCUUUAAUAAACUGCCUGAUGAAGCAUUUAAUUUAUUUGGUAAAAAUGGAGACUUCAAUCCUACAAGUGAAGAAUUUGAAGAACUUGAAAGGCAUCUGGCAGCUGCUAAUAUGGAUGUGACAAAUGCUCAAAAGACCUUUGAAAACUUUGAUCUAGAUUUAGAUGAGGAACAACUGAAGCAGAUUCUGUUUGGUUCUGGGAACAGCUCGACUAACACUGGGUCAAUGGCUGGUCUUAACAACAGAGAGGACCAAGAGAGCAUCAAUGCCAUCGCUAGAAGUUUGUCAGCUUCGGAACAGUUGCUUCCAAAGACAACUGUGUCGGAAACCAAUAUUCCAUUUUCUGGUGCUAGUGUUAACUCUUACCAAACAGCAAGUGUGACAUACCCUCAGAUACCUGGUCAGGGACUGGCUACUCCUAAUAAGACUGUUACUCAAAAUAGCAUUAUGUACACAAACAAUUCACAUUACUCACAGUUUCAGACCCCUCCAAGCUACGCUGCCACUCAGGCCAUGAACAAUCCUACACCUCCCGCAUAUGUUGCUAGUCAGGCACUGGUGAAUCAGACCCCCACAAAUUAUGUCAUUAGUCAACCCAUGGUCAAUCAAACACCACCAAGUUAUGGUGCCUCUCAAGCUUUGCCAAAUCAUUCAUACCCUCAGCACAUUACAUUAGGAUCCUCACAGGUACAACAGGUGGGAAAUCAUUCUAACAUUUCAGAGAUGAUUCAACAGGGGUCUAUUACCUCCCCCACAACUGAUGUCAAACAACAGAAAGUUACAACUUCAAACAAAGUGGUUUUGAAUCAGUUACCAGAGCUAGCCAGCAAGACGCAGGGACUCCCUGUGUCGAUGCAGGGUUCCCUACCGAUGACCCAGACUCCUUGGCCAAUCACCGCUGGGCAGGUCCCACCAUAUCAGAAUGGUUAUCCUAUGCAUGGGAUGUAUCUUCAGGGAACAAAUGACAUGAUGACAAACUUGAAAUAUAACAUGAAUGCUCAACAUAUAGACCGUGUGAAUCAAGUGGGGGAGGGGUCCUCUCACCAUGUGACGCACCCUCCUGGGGGGACAUUACAAGGAAUUCCAGGAUUUGGUCAUCAGCAGUUUGCUAAAUCUUUUACGGCAUCCAGUGGCAAUGGUUCCUAGUACAGACCAAGAAGUCGUUAGUUUUCUUAUUUAUAAAUUAAAUAUUUGGUUUGUUCCUUUGACUUGAGUGCAGGUAAUAUAGUCAGUUUUUUAAAUUUCUUUUUUAUAUAAAAAUAUUUUUAAGAAUUAUAUUUUUCUUGGGGAAAAUUAUUCAUCAUUGAAGGCUUGGUUAAUGUAGGUACAUGUUUAUGUAUGUAUACCAAUGAAUUUAGAGAUCUGACUGUUUUGUGAUACUGUUUCAAGUACUUGUGUUGUAAUACAUGUAUAUAAUGUGAUUUCAUUGUUUGUGCCAUUCCAUAGAUUUCAUAAUGUUUAUAUAUAUCCUCAUCUUUGUAAAUGUAGAUGUAUAGACUUUGUUUUAUAAAACUAUUUUGCAUUUGAACACAAAAGUAAGGACAUAAUACUAAUAUUUUAUGAAUUUUCAUUUGAAUUUAAACACAAAUGUUUUGUUUAUAGAAUUACAACUGCUUUAAUAUGUGAGAAAGGCAAACAUGAAUAUUGUUUAUUAUAUAAUUUGAAAUGGCAUCCAAAAAAAUAUACAUUACAUUAUGUAAAGAUUGCAUUUUAGUAUAAAAAGCAUCAAAAUAUUUUAUAUUGAGGACACAUACUUGUUCAAUACCAUAGAUAUUCAUUUACAAAUGUAUUAUUGACUAUUUUUAAUUUAUUUUUGCUGGAAGUGUGUUUACUUUGCUGAUGAAAACAUAUACUGCUAAAGUUACAGUUUAGGAAACUUUAUAGAAAACUUUAAAGAACUAUUCUAAAGAGUAUUGUUUUGUUAUUAUUGUUUGUUACCAAGAAAUUACGUAUUACAAGAUGAAAUGUCUAAAUCUACAUGUACCCUGCAUGUUUAUAUAGUAUUCUUGUUGUUGUUUUCCUUUUGUUGUAGUGGGUUAUUGUAUAAAGGUAUAUGAAAUUCUUCAAAAAUGUGAAUCGGGUCAUUAAAACAGGGAUUAAUUUAAAACCAUUGUUUACUCUGCUCUAAAUGUGCGUAUAGACUAGCUUAUAUAUUUAAAUACUGUAUAUUAAUCAACUAGAGGCAGCUCUUUGUUACAGAAUGGUUGUAAUGUUAACAUUACAUUGUAUUUAUCGUUUGAAGUAACUUCAUGAUCAGACAAGUUUAUGUUAUUAUAGAGUAACAGACAAAUUAAUUAAGUACAGCUUUGUAGACAGUAUUUUAUAGAAGAAAUAAUUGCAGUUAAAUGAGACCUACUAUUGUGUGCACAUGUGCAUGCAAAUUUAAAUCUGUUAGGAACUGCAGGAUUUAAAACUGGAAUCAAAACACAAUUUCCCAAAUUUUAGAAGAAUUAUUUGAUAAUCUUUGGAAAAUUCUUGGUUGAAAGGAAAUUCCCAAAGCAGUUUUUUUGUAAUGAAACAUUUUAUUUUUAGCCCUGUAUUUCUGUCUGUUAAGGUUCAAUGAUCCAUUGUGAAGAGAGGUAACUCUCAGUGGUAUAAAUUGUUAAGUUUACUGAAAAUUCCUGUCAAAUUUGGGCCCAAAAGGUACAUAGAACUUGUGUGCCUUGUCAAUAUAAAUUAGAUUUAUUUUCAAAAAUCAUCAAAAUUAUUGGGGGAAAAAUGUAUGAGUUAAUAGGGGGAGGAUGGUUCUUAGUCUUAUUUGCUAUAAUAGGGGAGUAUCUAGAAGUUUGGUAUCAAAUCAUGUGUGCAAUCUAAAAUACCUGGUAUAUAGUACGUCCAUAUACCUGUAGUAUUAUGUCAUUUUUUAAGUUUUAAACAGUUUUUUUGUGCAAUUCAAGUUUUUGAUUUUCUUAUCAUAGUUGUGUCCAGAUUAACAAAAUCUUAAAAGAGUAUUUCUGAAGAAUUUAUUGUUCAAUAUGAUAACAUUAUCUGAGCAAAUAGUUCUGUCAAUGAGCCAUGUUAUUUUGAAUUUUUGUCUUAGAGAAAAUCCAAAACUUGGUUUUUGCUGUCGUAAUUUAUGCUUCUGGGAUAUCAGCAAUUUUUACACUAUCAUUUAUCUCAUUUUAUGUACAAAUGGAGUGCAAUAGCAAGUGUGGUCACAUGGUGUACUCACUGUUUUCUGUUUCACAAGUCAUUAUCACAUCAUCAUUUAAAGAACAAAUGAUAAAGCAUUUACUGAUGGGAAAAAGAGCUUGCCUGCGCAUGUUUUUACAUACAUGUCUAGCAUCUUGAGGCAUUGAAGCUAUGGAAGGUUUUAAUGUAGGUUUAGGAGAGUUCUUUAAAACGUGGAGAGCAUUUUCACGUACAUAAAUUAAAAUUUAAAGUUAUUGUUAUUUGAUAAAGAAUUUUCAACUUCAGUAUUUAUUUUGGACAAUGGAAAAAAAAAUGAGAUUGUAGAUGUAAGAUUUAUCCAUAUUACAUGUAUAACUGGAUGCAAUACUUUACAAGUGUGAAACUUCAGCUUUGCAAUGAAAUUGUGAUCAAAUUUACAUCUUCAUGUUUAUUAGGAAUAGAGAAUGCUAUCAUUGUGACGAGGAAUGUUAUCAAUGCCCUGGUUUCUGUUUAUUUUCUAGUAUUUGGAUCUCAGUUUGAUUUGUGUAUUUCUAUGUUAUUUCUGUGUGACUGUUAGUAUCUUUUGGUUGAACAAUGUCAUAGUCUAAGGUAUGCUAAUCAAUUUGAAAAAUGUUCUGUUUAUAGUAUGAGAAUGUAUAAAAAGUGUAUGGACUUAGCAGCAUGAAAAGUAGGGAAGUUUUUCAUCAACUUGAUUUCUUUAUCAUUUGCCUAAAAUUGCCUUUUAUAUUAGGAAUACUGUAAUACUUUAAACCUAAAUUAAAUUAACAACUUUUAUUCAAGAUGAAUAUGACUUAUUUGGAAUUCUCCUGUUACUAUAAUAUUUACCAUCUGUGACUUUGAAAAUAUAUUGUAUUCUACACACAUUUAGAUGUACAUGUAAUGUUCCAUGGUGAGAAAUACAUGUAUUCUUGAGUAAAAGAAGAUAAUGAAAAGUGCAGAUAUUUCCCCACACAGUUAUAAGUUGGUUUACAAUGUUGUCCUCAACAAAGGCUUCUCUCCCCCCCCAAAAAAAUUAUUUUACUUUUUAGAUAAUAUCAGGCAACAAGAAAUGUCUGUGAUGCAUAUUUUACCCAAAAAUAAAAUGAUAAUUAAAUAUACAAGAAUUUCUUCUUAAAAUUGAAUCGAAUUACAUGUAUAUUUCAGAAAUUAAAUGCUAUAUAUUUACACCUUUUCUUAAAGCAAUUGCAUUUAUUUCAAACAUGAGCGGAAAAAAACUUAAUUGUGAUAUUACAUUCUCGUAUUCUAAUACCUGGUGAGUUAGAUUAAUUUAGUUUUGGGAGAAUAUUUCAACAUUAGAUUUAAAAUAUUGCAUUUAGCAUUUGCUCACUUAAAUGUACAUGUAUACCUGGUAUAUACCGAGUCGUGUAUAUAUCAUGAUGAUACUUAUUGCAAUUUUUGGAAAGAAACUGCAUAAUGUGAAGAUUCAGAGUGUGCUAUGUAUAUUUUAUUUUGAUUUAGAUUAGAAUUUGUACAUAUCAUUGUUAAAGAAUUCAUGUAAAAAUCAUGUAUGUUUUAUUUUCAUUCAUACAAAGAAAAUGAGCAAGCCCCCACAUUUUCCUUUUCUUUUUUUAAGCUUAGGAAAUAGAAACAAUGGGGAUUUUUAGCCCCCCUUUUAUAUUGUCCCUUUGUGAUCUGAGGUGUUUCAUGUGAAAAUGUUGAAGUCAAUUGGUAUUGUAUGAAUGUUUAUAUAUGAGUGAAGAAUAAUCUUGUUUUAUUAAAGUUGUUAUAAAGUUGUUGUAAUUAUAUAAAUUAUAACAUUAUUGUGUUCAAAACAUGACCUAAAAAUCUAAUAACAACUGUGAAAUAUC